CAGUUUUUUUCCUUCAAAAUGACUUUCCAAGCUCUGGUUUUGUGUCUGGCUUGUGCUGGGCUUGGAAAGGCAAAUGUGGUUCCUCAGGCUGAACACAGAAAAGUGAAGAUGGGCAACAACGUGACUCUCAGCUGUGCUCUGACAGAACCCAGGGAUGUUGUGCAAGUGACAUGGCAAAAGGGCUCUGAAAAUUCACACAGUAAUAUAGCUACAUACAGUAACAAAAAAGGAUUAAAUAUUCACAAACCUUAUCAAGACCGAAUGAAUGUCACGAGUCUGGUACUCAAUGAGACAAGCAUCACUUUUUGGGACACUAGGAUGGAUGAUUCAGGAUGUUACACGUGUCUCUUCAAUACUUUCCCUUUUGGCUCCUUGUCAGGACAUACCUGCCUGAGUGUCUUUGGUCUCAAUGCGUCUGUCCAUUACAACAUAUCUGAGGAUCAUUUGGUAGCCGUCUGUACUGCUGUUGGCCUCCCAGAGCCCACUAUCAUGUGGAACAACUUGUUCAAUUCUACUCCUACACAGGAGAGAGUCAAGUACACCAAUGGAAUGGUAUCUGUCACUAGUAAAUUGGAGAUCAAUACUCAGAGCAUCAUUGUGAAGGACUUGACAUGCAGAGUAAGCAACAUGAAUGAAAAGAUUGAAUUGCCUGUGGAAAUGAGAGGAGAAGAGGGAUCCUCAUUGCAUUGGCUGAUGAUUCCUGGGGGGAUUUUAAUUGUCAUAACAGUUCUGAUUCUGAUCACACUGUGCUGGAGGAAGAAGAUAUGCAGGAAAGGUUGAAAUGAUCUGGGAGAAGAAGUGGCAGAGGAGGAAGGAGUGGGAGGUGUAUGGAUGAAGUCAGAUCUCCUGGGGUAUGGCUGCAGUUUUUGUCUGGAAAGGAUUGUAGAGUAUUUCCAUUCCAUCUAUGAGACCAUUACAGCCCAUGAAGUCAACACUACAAGCAUCUGCAGGGGUGGAGUGGAUUCCCUGACCGAAGGAUCAGCUCAGCAGGGCCAGGUCCUUUUGGUGGUCGGCCCUCACGACCACGGGCGGUUCCCAUAG